AUGAAGUCUGUUCUUCUCAAAAAAACAAAAAAAACAAACACAUCUUUUUUUUUUCUUUUUUUUUUUCUUCUAUUUUGCUUUGCCGACACGACUGACUCGAGGAGUGGCAAAAAUGACAUCGAGCUUCGGGGUAUGCUGCUCAACCGGCCUUGGUUGAUCCCAACCUCCCGAAACCGACAGGCGCGAUGGCUUUGGCUGAUGGGUCCUGGUCCGGCCGGUCAUGGUCGUCGACAUCGCCCGGCCCCGAUCUCUCCAGGGCCCCGAUCUCCUCAGAGCCCCGCCGUGCCAACAUCGUCACUCGGAAGCAGCGUGAUUGAUACACACGAGACAACGGCGUCUGCACGAAACGUUGGAUUGCCGGGCAGGACACGACUUACUAACAGAUCUGUAGGCUGCGCUCACAAACGUACAUGCAUACCCACAUGUAACGCACACGCACGCAAACACAGAGAGAGAGGGAGAGAGUGUGAGAGAGUGCGUGUGUAUGUGUGUGUAUGUGAGCACAGAUUGAGACGAGAGCCGCAGAAACCGGUCGCCGACAUACCACCCAUCCCCGGCAGACCAAACUUUGGACUGGCACCAUUGUACGGAUACAUGCGCUACAUUACAGAUAGAAACAGCUGGCUUGCUCUCGGAUCCGUAGAGGCAGAGAGGGCGACUUGGACUAUCUUUCGGGUUUGUCUUUUGUCAUUCGGUUUUAAGACCGCAAGAAACGUGAUCCCACAUCAGAGCCAAGAGCUGCGGAGGCGGAGCUUGAGCCAAAGCCUCCCCCUCCCUCCUUCCGAAGUCAAUCUGGAUUUCGUUUGUAAGUGUAAAUAG